AUGACUAAAAACGAAGAACGCCCUUUAACUAAAGGAGAAAAGCUCUUUUUAAUAAUAUUUUUGCCUAUAUUGUUUAUAUUAUGGCUUAUAGCUUUUACUUCUGAACACCCGGAUAAGAAGGAGGAAAGGUUAGAACGUGAAAGAGCUGAAGUAAAAAGGGUUAACGACUUCUUUAUUGACAGAGCCCAAAAUUCACCUUCUUCUCAGACAUUAAAUGACAAUCGGAUUCCAGAAGAUGAAGUAAACCAGCAGAUCCCAGAACAUAACGAAGCUCCUAAUUUACCACCCCCAGUUUAUAGAAGGGUAUAA